UUCCACUUGGUCUUAGUCUGCGGUCACUGCUGAGGUUUUCAGAACUUUCCAGGCAAAGGCCAGCCAGGUCCUUUGCCUCCAACCCACUCCGCGCGUACCUCCCGCCUGGGGACACCCCUAGGCCCAGAAUAUCCUAUUCCCCCCGGAGCACCGACGUUCCAACUGUCGUCUGCGCCCCCUGACUGCUGUCCGGCUCCUGUGCCAAGGGGCGCUCGCAUCUUCCCGGGGCCAGCAACACUGCCAACUUCUCGACUCGCCCUCCUUCUCCCCAGAGCGAGAGUGGGGCAGGCUGAGCCCGGAUCCGGGGUGCACUCGAGUGUUCCCAGCACUCGGGAUUCGCCCCCGCCUCAGAGCCGACUUUCGAGGGGGAAUUGAGCCUCGGAGGUCCAGGCCUGUUAGUCCAAAGCUCAAAUCGGCCCCGGUCUUUCCACACCCCUGUGCCCGUCGCGUGCUGGCCGGGUGAGUGGCCGGGCCGAAGAUUCGAGUGCUCGGGGCCGCGUCGCCCCGUCGGGUGCUGAGCUGAGCCCACCAUGGCUGGCUGCUGCUGCCUGUCCGCAGAGGAGAAGGAGUCGCAGCGCAUCAGUGCGGAGAUCGAGCGGCAGCUUCGUCGGGACAAGAAGGACGCGCGCCGCGAGCUCAAGCUGCUGCUGCUGGGAACUGGUGAAAGUGGGAAAAGCACCUUUAUCAAGCAGAUGAGAAUUAUCCAUGGGUCUGGUUACAGCGAUGAAGACAGAAAGGGUUUCACGAAGCUGGUUUACCAAAACAUAUUCACCGCCAUGCAAGCCAUGAUCAGAGCGAUGGACACGCUAAGGAUACAAUAUGUGUGUGAGCAGAAUAAGGAAAAUGCCCAGAUAAUCAGAGAAGUGGAAGUGGACAAGGUCUCCAUGCUCUCCGGGGAGCAGGUGGAGGCCAUCAAGCAGCUCUGGCAAGAUCCAGGCAUCCAGGAGUGUUAUGACAGGAGGAGGGAGUACCAGCUGUCGGACUCUGCCAAAUAUUACCUGACUGACAUCGACCGCAUCGCUACACCAUCAUUUGUGCCGACACAACAAGACGUGCUUCGCGUCCGAGUGCCCACCACCGGCAUCAUCGAGUAUCCAUUUGACUUGGAAAACAUCAUCUUUCGGAUGGUGGAUGUUGGUGGCCAACGAUCGGAAAGACGGAAAUGGAUUCACUGCUUUGAGAGUGUCACCUCCAUUAUUUUCUUGGUUGCUCUGAGCGAAUAUGACCAGGUCCUGGCUGAGUGUGACAAUGAGAACCGCAUGGAAGAGAGCAAAGCCUUAUUUAAAACCAUCAUCACCUACCCCUGGUUUCUGAAUUCGUCUGUGAUCUUAUUCUUGAACAAGAAGGAUCUUUUGGAAGAGAAAAUCAUGUACUCUCAUCUAAUUAGCUAUUUCCCAGAAUACACAGGACCAAAGCAGGAUGUCAAAGCUGCCAGAGACUUUAUCCUGAAGCUUUACCAAGAUCAGAAUCCUGACAAAGAGAAAGUCAUCUACUCUCACUUCACGUGUGCUACAGAUACAGACAACAUUCACUUUGUGUUUGCUGCUGUCAAAGACACAAUUCUACAGCUAAACCUAAGGGAAUUCAACCUUGUUUAAAAGCUGCUGCCCACUCCUCCCCCAUAACAGAAGAUGUGAUUUGCAAACUCCUUGUUUUAUUUGCAAGUGCUUCUGACAUCUCCAGAGCCAGCCCCGUGCCAGGCACUAAGGACGCCACGCAGAUCGUGGAGACAGAGAUGGGUGAUGGAACUUGGAAGACAUUUGAGUUUACCAAAAUACUUUAAAAGUCUUUGCAUCCCAAAUUGUAUUAAUAAUUAUUUUCUUGACUUUUGGCUGUAAGAUUUUGUGUAAUUUUUGAAUUUGG